GCUUAAUUCAAGGCGGUUAUGCAGUUAUGCGUAUUUGUAACAUUGCAAGAGUAUUUGACAAUCAAGUGACCACGUGUCAAACGCGGCAAUUGACCUUACAUACUUGAGAGAACGAAGCUUGCCAUCCACCACCAGCCUGGGUGUCUACAAUUACGAUGACGCCGUCGAGGAUAAUCUAGCAGUCCCUUCAACUAUAGGUUAAGUCGUAAAGCCACGCUGUGGCGCCGUCAACGGCAGCGACCCUAUUUUCAUUCCGGCUGAUACCCUGUAUGAUAUUCCUCAGUUCGAUUCGAAUAAAUCCAUGCAGGGUGUUUUAUUCUGUGUUUGUAGUGCAUCACAGAAAGGACCUAUGGGGGCCUGAUGCUCUUGAAUUUGAUCCUGAUGGGUUCCUGGAUGAACGACUGCAUAAAUAUUCAACUCAUAGAUCUUCCUUCCUUUCACUGCUGGUCUUAGAAUAUCUGCUGGUCAUCAGGUAAGCGCCUUUGCAUACAUAGGCCUCAUAAUCCAAAGUUUGCAUACCACGAAACGUCUUUCUUCCUUGUUUGGUUGCUUCGGAGCUUCUCGUCGGUAUCCCUGGAUUUUAAAAUGCAAACACCACCGGCGGAACGGGUCAAUGAAUCUGGACGGAGGGUGUGGACAAGGUUGUUUUCAAGGCACACUUUACAACUGAUGUCCAAGCAAGCGCCCUUGGUGUCGACCUCUUAACGUGC